UUGGCCAAAAACGCAUUUUCAUCGUUCGUAAAGGAAUGUCUUAAUAUUUUAGUAAACUUCUGCGUCGAAGAGAUUAAAAACAGUGUGAUUGCUGAUGCUAAAGUGAUCAUUGAAAUAACGGCCGAAAACCACCAUCUCUGCCUCUUGACAUGCCUCACUGAUCGCAAAAAUGAUUGUCAGUUCGCCGGUUUUGGAAGCCCAACUGAAAUUGGUAAAAACGGCACCUGCAAGCUGUACGCAAAAUCACAGAAGCACCUGACUAUCCAGCGAAGAGGAAAAGACCAAACUUUGUUUAAGCUGCUAACCGAAUGCCCCAAAGAAAAUGAGAAGGAACUUUCAUCGCUGAAAGUCAAAGGAAGAUCAGCGUAUGGAAGUGUUGCAAAUUUUGGCAACAGAGGCCACUGGGGCCCAUGGAGCACCUGGAGCGAAUGCGUUGCCGAUUGUACCGGAUUGUGGAGUAAGCACAAGGUCUGCAAACGACCUAUUAACGUAUUUUGUCUGCUUUCAGCCGUUCAGACUCGAGUGCGAACCUGUGGCAUCUGUGGUAUCAACUACGCCAUCGAAGUAGAAUCGCAACCAUGUGGAACGCAGUUGGAUCCAUGGGAUGAAUGGUCUCAGUGCAGUGCCUCAUGUGGAUCUGGCCUUAAACGUCGUUCGCGAAUUUGCAGCAAUGGGCAAAAUUCUUGCAUAGGUUCGGUUGAGGAAACCGCCACGUGCAUGAUAAGGGAAUGCGCUUAUUGGUCAGAAUGGGGAAACUGGUUAGAAUGCAGUGCCACAUGCGGUGAGGGAACUCAGAAAAAGUUUCGCAAAUGUAUUGGAGAAGACCCUGAUGGAACGAUGUGCGUAGGUCCGUCGUUCGUGACACAGCCAUGUCCAAACUUGCCACCGUGCUGUACACAGUGGUCUUCUUUUGGACACUGCAGUGCUACGUGCGGCAGUGGAGUUCAGAUUCGAACUCGCAAGUGUGGCACCGAACUUCUCGAAGAAGAAAAGCCAUGUCUCCUGAAAAAAUGUCCACGAUGGAGCAACUGGGGUGAGUGGGAAGCAUGCAGUGUCACUUGCGGAAGGGGACGCAAGACGAAGUUACGAACCUGCAUAGGUGGUGUGCCCGGAGAAGAUUGUACUGGCGAAUCGCUGUUUACCGAAGAAUGCUUUCAAGGUCCAUGCCCAACCUGGUCAGAUUGGCAAGCGUGGACACCUUGCUCUGUUCCAUGUGGCGAAGGGAGUCGUGUCCGAGGGCGGACAUGCCUGCAUGGCAACGAUUGCGUCGGUCUCUCGCGACAAACCAAGGUGUGUUACCAAUGCCCUUGUCCAACUUGGACGCAAUGGAAUCCUUGGGAUGACUGUGAAAUGGUCAAUGGACAGUUUGUUCAGACGAGAACGCGGGUCCGGUGUAUCAGUUGCGGUAUGACUGAAUAUGAAAUCCCUGGUAAAGACGCUGACACGCAAAUUUGUCCAGAAUCUAUAGAAUAUGCUGCCCGUAAAGCAGUCAUGGGCGAAUGGUCAGAAUGGUCAGAAUGCGACGUAAGUGUUAACCAUUAAAG